AGCACCAGGUGGUUGUGUUAUUUAUUCUUGUUUGAUAACGACGAAAUGGUUAUUCACAUAAACGCAAAGGUGGGUUUAGUAACCGACGUUAUUAGUUCUCAAGUUCAAUCUGUACCAUUUAAAAUUCACGCGGAUCACGAUGCAAAGAUUACUAAAUACUUUAAUAAUUACGUUAAAACCAAAGAAAGCAAUGGUUUAACUUGUUCUUUUCGUGGACAUCCUCUGGAUGGAAUAAAAGUAAAUAUUCCACAAGAAUAUGUAGGUAUUGUAUUACACGAAAGCAUUCGACCUGAUACUGAUAAGGAAGAUCGGAAAUUUUAUGCAACUAACAAAUUUAGUAAUGUUAUUUAUUGGAAUUGGAAUAAAACGCCUACAAAGAAUGACUCUUUUAUUCAAGCUAUUGAAUGGAUUGAAAUAGCUGAAGUAAAGUAACACUAUAAGAAAAUGGCAAAGCUUAUAGCAAUUCAACAUCUUUAUGUAAUAUUUGUAAAUUUGACUAUUAUUGAUUAUUAUAAAUAAAAUCUGUAUUGGGGAUGUUCAGGAAAGUAAAUUUGUCAUCUUCAAGUACACUUAUCUCCCCAUUUACAUGGAAGAUAGGGUUUGCACAAAACUGUGUAAAUUGAAAUCUUGAAUUUUGCUAAGUAAAAUUGUGUAACAUGAAAAAAACGCCAAAAUGUGUUAUUUAAGUAAAAUAAAAGUAAGAUAUCUUGGAACACUCAAAAUUGUACUUAGUACAUAAAACAACAAACAUAUGAAAGUAAUAUAAGUACAUAUUUAACUUAUUUUACAUUAGGAACAAAAAUUAAAAAUAAAAGACCCUUAAAAAUUAAUUAUAAGUAUAAUCACUAUCAUAACUUUUAUGAACUAUCAAUCGUUUCUUUCUGAUAAGUGUGAUGAGAGUGACUCAUCAACAUUUGUGUCAUAUUGUAUGAAAUGGUUGCCCAAUUUUCUUUCCAGUUCAAAUCCUACACUUAUGAUUCUUGCUGUGAACGCAAUGUAAUGCAAUAUUUGUAAAUUUGAUUAUUGUUGAUUGUUAAAAAUAAAAUCUGUAUUGGGGA